AUGUAUGAACUAUUAGAGAACGCAAUACCGCUAAAAUCGACCACGGCAGUGGACUCCGGUGUGAAAAGGGCACAUGGACCAACAAUCCCUCGGAGGAGUAUCGAUGCUCAAGAAUGGGUACAAUCGGGUGUUUCCUUUGCAAGCGUAGAGAAUGUUAGAUGUCCUCACCACUUCGCGCUACCCAUACAGUACUUUUGCCUCGACUGUAAAUAUGGCGAAGGUUGUUUCUGUAGCGAAUGCGCACUCACACGACAUGCAACAUGUGAUGUACGUACUCUAGAUGAAGCGUUCACUGUAGUAGUCAACAAUGUCAUACGCAAAUGGGCGAGCCAGUUCAGCUCACGUGCCGAUGGACUUGAGGUUACGUUUACCCAGCAACUUAUAGACAAGAGAGAGGAAUGGACUAUGAAGCUACAGGAAGUGCAAGGUUCAUUGCUCAAAACAUGUGAAGAUAUCACAACGACCCUUCGUGAGCUUGAAAACUCCUUAAUGCGUUGGGUUACUCAAAGCCACAAGACAUUUGCUCAAGAAAAUGAGAAGGUAUGCGAACAUGUUGAACGCACGCUAGAAAGCUAUGCUAGCAAUGCAGAGAUGCUAAGACAGCAGAGACGCUUGCCAGCAGCACGCAUGUUAUUAUUUUAUCACGAGAACCAUGCGAAGCUGAAGCAGAUGCUGCUUGGAACAACACCACGUGACUCAGAACGUGUUAUACGCCAAGCUGUACGACAUCUUGGUACGCGUUUGGACAAUAUCAAUGCCAUCUGUGUCGAUUAUGAAAAAGCGAUAUUGCAAUUGGAACGCAAGAUACGACAGGCAGGAGGUGAAUAG